GCUGCCGCGGACCCUGGGCGCGUGCCGCGCGGGCGUCAAGCAGCCCCUUGGGUGCGCGCGCGCUACGAUGCUUUCCAUUCAGCCGAUGCCGAUGGCAACCCGGAGGCCGCGGCCAGUUCCGCUGCAGCCGCGCCACGAACGCCAUGACCGAGAUCGCGACCGUGACUCCGAAAGCCAUGACGGCCCAGACCAGGCGCACCGGCCCCUGCACUUCCGCCGGGAGCUGGGCGGCCUCCACCACCACGCAGAGCUGGAUUUCUCGUGCCUGUACGAGCCCUUCGACACCGAGGUGAGCCACCCUUCGCGGCAGCCCCUUUGCGACGGCAGGCCCGAGGCACGACAGAGGCCGCGGCAGCAGCGGCCGCACGACUCGCACCGGCCGGAGCGCGACUCGACUGGGUCGCGCGCGCUGGCCGGCAGAGGGCACAGCCUGCACAGCAACGCGAGCUCUGCCGGCGACAAGAUUGGGGUGCUGUCCGUGAGGGUCGUCGCUGCCUACAACCUCGUCAACAUGGACUCGGGUUAUCUCGGCGACGUCUCGGACCCCUACGUCAACGUGCGCCUGAGAAGCCAGGGCGACCGCAUAAAGCCGAAGCGCACGCAGACGGUCUACAACAAUCUGGACCCCGUUUGGAACACCAGCCCUUUCCUCUUCGAGCUGAUGCAGGAGCUCUGCUCUACGAGGUGUUCGACGAGGACAUGUUGA